AUGGAAGGUAUAAUGGGUACAUGCCUAGAGGGAACGCUGAUGAAUAUUAUGGUAAACCAAACUGAUCUACAGCCAUGUAGAGGACGGGUGCUUAACGCAAAAGUGAAAUUUGGAUGUGUUGUGUUGCUGUCCACCAGAAAAAGUAGUGAGCACCAUAUAACUGUCCAGUGCUUGUUCGACUCAAGCGUGUUUCCAACUACUGUUGCUAAGCCUUCCCGUCCUAGGCCUCCGGUCCUAGGCCUCCCCGUUAACUCAGUAUGCUGUGAAUUCAAGCCACCCGAUAAGGACGAUCAUUGUUUUCAUAGCGAGUCAAAUGUUUUAUAG